UGAAGAUCAUGAAGACAACCCUGAAUAGCAAUGGUGAAUAGUAUUGCUGCUAGACUCAUUCUGCAGAGCAUCUGAAAUGAACGUCUCUUAUUGAUUGUUUUUAUUGGCCUCGAGCCAGGAGUACUCAGUUUUGUUGACUUCAGGAUAAAAAGAAGGCAGUCCUGGUUAUCAUCAUAAACAUAUGAACCAGUGUGAUGGUGAAAUGAGAUGAGGCUCCGAAAUGGAACUGUAGCCACUGCUUUAGCAUUUAUCACCUCGUUCCUGACUUUGUCUUGGUAUACUACAUGGCAAAAUGGAAAAGAAAAACUGAUUGCUUAUCAACGAGAAUUUCUUGCUUUGAAGGAACGUCUUCGAAUAGCUGAACAUAGAAUCUCACAGCGUUCUUCUGAGUUAAAUACUAUUGUACAGCAGUUCAAGCGUGUAGGAGCAGAAACAAAUGGAAGUAAGGAUGCAUUGAAUAAAUUUUCAGAUAAUACCCUAAAACUAUUAAAGGAGUUAACAAGCAAAAAAUCUCUUCAAGUGCCAAGUAUUUAUUAUCAUUUGCCUCAUUUAUUGCAAAAUGAAGGAAGCCUCCAACCAGCUGUGCAGAUUGGCAAUGGAAGAACAGGAGUUUCAAUAGUAAUGGGAAUUCCCACAGUGAAGAGAGAAGUUAAGUCUUACCUCAUAGAAACUCUUCAUUCCCUUAUUGAUAAUCUGUAUCCUGAGGAGAAGUUGGACUGUGUUAUAGUAGUCUUCAUAGGAGAGACAGAUAUUGAAUAUGUACAUGGUGUUGUAGCCAACCUGGAGAAAGAAUUUUCUAAAGAAAUCAGUUCUGGCCUGGUGGAAGUAAUAUCACCUCCUGAAAGCUAUUAUCCUGACUUGACAAACUUAAAGGAGACAUUUGGAGACUCAAAAGAAAGAGUAAGAUGGAGAACAAAACAAAACUUAGAUUAUUGUUUUCUAAUGAUGUAUGCUCAGGAAAAGGGCAUAUAUUAUAUUCAGCUUGAAGAUGAUAUUAUUGUCAAACAGAAUUACUUUAAUACUAUAAAAAAUUUUGCACUUCAACUUUCUUCUGAGGAGUGGAUGAUUUUAGAGUUUUCCCAGCUGGGCUUCAUUGGUAAAAUGUUUCAAGCACCAGACCUCACUCUGAUUGUAGAAUUCAUAUUUAUGUUUUAUAAGGAGAAACCCAUUGAUUGGCUUUUAGACCAUAUUCUCUGGGUGAAAGUCUGCAACCCUGAAAAAGAUGCAAAACACUGUGAUAGACAGAAAGCAAAUCUGCGAAUUCGCUUUAGACCUUCCCUUUUCCAGCAUGUUGGACUUCAUUCUUCACUGUCAGGAAAAAUUCAGAAACUAACGGAUAAAGAUUACAUGAAACCUUUACUUCUUAAAAUCCAUGUAAACCCACCCGCAGAAGUAUCUACUUCCAUGAAGGUCUACCAAGGACAUACACUGGAGAAAACUUAUAUGGGGGAGGAUUUCUUCUGGGCUAUCACUCCAAUAUCUGGAGACUACAUCUUAUUUAAAUUUGAUAAGCCAGUCAAUGUAGAAAGUUAUUUGUUCCAUAGUGGAAACCAAGAACAUCCAGGGGAUAUUCUGCUAAAUACAACUGUGGAAGUUUUGCCAUUUAAGAGUGAAGGAUUGGAAAUAAGCAAAGAAACCAAAGAGAAACGAUUAGAAGAUGGUUAUUUCAGAAUAGGGAAAUUUGAGAAUGGUGUUGCUGAAGGAAUGGUGGAUCCGAAUCUAAACCCCAUUUCAGCCUUUCGACUUUCAGUUAUUCAGAAUUCUGCUGUUUGGGCCAUUCUUAAUGAGAUUCAUAUUAAAAAAGUCACCAAUUAAUCAUCUCCUAGGAAACCAAUAUAUUUUUUUUCCUGUGAAUUUGUUAAAGAUAGUUAAGCAUGUACUUUUUUUUUUUUUUUUUUUUACUUGAACACUACCUCUUGUGAAAUCUACUGUAGAUAAGAAGAUUGUCAUUUCCACUUGGAAAGUAAAUCUCCCAUGGAUAAUUGUAUUAAUUUGAACCUAAGCUGUCCUCCAAUUUUAACUUGACUCAAACAUUUUACAGUUAUGACAGCCUGUUAAUAUGUCUUGUACUAUUUUGGUAUUAUACUAAUACAUAAGAGUUGUACAUAUUGUUACAUUCCUUAAAUUUGGAAAAAAUCAAAGUUAAAUACAUUUUAUGAAGGGGGUACUUUUGAACUUCAUUUAUUUUACUAUUGUAGACCCUCUUUUCUAGAGUAUCAGGGAUUAUAUAUAUAAAGAUAUAAAUAUACAUAAAAAUGCUAUGGAGUUAAUUUAUUAGAAAACACUUAAGAAGUACAUAUUUUUGUGCAGUAAAUUUUUGAAUCAAUGCUUUUUUCCAAAACCAGUUACCUUGCUUUUUUAAGUUCUUUCUAUAUUUUUCUUUGGAAAUGCAAACAUUACAACAUAAUGCCAUUUUUCAAAUGCACUGCCAUUUAAGAAUGAUUCUAGAUUGAUUUCAUAACUGAAGUACUUUUUAUAAUCAGCAAUUCUGAACAAAAUAUUUUCAAAGGCAUUCCUUAAAGCCAAGAUUUUAAAGACCAAUGUCCUUCUUGAGGGUUAUUCUACUAUACUGUGUAUGGUAUAUAGCCACAGAAUCAGUAUGAUAAUAUUUCAGUGCACAGGUGUGAUGUGUUCAACCUUGAUUAGGCUUAACUCACCACUUUCCCUCUAAUAUGUAACAUGACACUCUUCUUUCCUUUUGAAUCUUUGUCUUUAAUUCAUGAGUUAGAUGCAUUAUCUCUUUUCUUGAUGAUUCUUUUAUAUCUGCACUCAUUUUAUGAGUUCUGACAAAAUGUUUUCUAGGAAAUGCCAUUGUAUGAGUCAUAAGAUAAUUUGGUAUAAUUUUAAAGGAAAAUGAAAUCGUAAUAUUGGUUUUUGGUGAAAAGUAUUGUAGCAAUUGUAGGUUUUACCAAAAAUACUAUUCAUUCCAUCAUAUAAGAAAAUCGCAUGUCCCAAGAGUAUUUAUUACCCUUAAUAAUGCAAUUCCAAAUGAUAUUAUUAUGAUUAUUACAAGCAAAGCAUAUGAUCAGCCUCUGCAAUCAGAGAUCUUUACAAAAGUGCUUUGUUUUUUUAAAAUUAUGAAUUAUCAACA